GCGCCUCAGGUCGUGCAGGAGCCGCUGAUCGUGUCUUGACGAGGGUUUUCCGACACAGACGUUAAGUGUGGGUGUCUAGCUAAAAUACACAUUUGACGAACAAUGGAAGGAAAAACUCAGAUCCAAGAAGCAAUUAAAACUCAAGGUGACAUGGUUCGUAGGAUGAAGUCCGAGAAGGCAAGCAAAGAGGAGUGAUAGGGUUGCUUACCACUUUUCUCCUGUUCUUCCUGCCUGACCGUUGGUGUCCUGCUGGCCAUUCACGGAAUAUAUUGACCAUCUACGGAAUACGUUGUACCAACUGGCUCCUUCAUUACUUUGAAUGGCUUUUGGGUUGGCUGCCACAAUACCAUUGGAUGAUACACUCCUGAAUUUUGGUUUAUUUUUGACACGGUUUUGUGCCCUGUGUUCUUGAAAUGAACAUGUUCGCCAUGUUUGCUGUCCGGACCCACUCUGCUACUGUUGGCUUCCUACUCGCAAACUGUGCCAAAUCUCAAUGUUCUUUGAUGGGAAUCACUGUGGCUCAGGUUGACAAAGAAGUUGCCAAACUUCUACAACUGAAAGCGCAAUUGGGAGGAGAUGAUGCAAAACAUCAGUUUGUUCUUAAAACAGCUAAGGGAACGAGAGACUACAACCCUAAGCAGAUGGCAAUAAGAGAGAGAGUUUUUAACACCAUCAUCAGCUGUUUCAAACGCCAUGGAGCAGAAACCAUCGACACACCUGUUUUUGAACUAAAGGAGACCCUGACAGGGAAAUAUGGUGAAGACUCCAAACUCAUCUAUGACCUUAAAGACCAAGGAGGAGAGCUGCUGUCCCUUAGAUAUGACCUCACCGUGCCAUUUGCUCGUUACCUGGCGAUGAACAAGAUCACCAACAUCAAGCGCUAUCAUAUUGCUAAGGUUUACCGCCGUGAUAACCCUGCUAUGACCCGUGGACGCUAUCGAGAGUUUUACCAAUGUGAUUUUGACAUUGCUGGCCAGUAUGACAGCAUGGUUCCAGAUGCUGAGUGCUUGAGGAUUGUCCAUGAAAUCCUCAGUGAGUUGGACCUUGGGGACUUCCGCAUCAAGGUCAAUGACAGACGCAUCCUUGAUGGGAUGUUUGCUGUGUGCGGUGUUCCAGGUGAUAUGUUCCGUACUAUCUGUUCAACAGUGGACAAAUUGGACAAGAUGCCAUGGGAAGAUGUCAAGAGAGAGAUGGUGAAUGAGAAAGGCUUAUCAGAGGAGGCUGCUGACAAGAUUGGGGAGUACGUCAGUCUGCAGGGCGGAUUGGACCUAGCAGAGCGCCUCCUUCAAGACCAGAAAAUGUCUGGGAGUAAGCAAGCUUGUGCAGGUCUAUCAGACAUAAAACUGCUCUUCAGCUACUUGCAACUUUUUCAGGUUACAAACAAGGUGGUGUUUGACCUCAGUCUAGCUCGAGGUCUGGACUAUUAUACAGGAGUUAUCUAUGAAGCAGUGUUGUCUCAUGCAGGUAUAGAGUCAUGUUCCACUGAAGUUCGAAAUGGUUCACCUGCUGAUGAGUGUGUUAGUGUGGGCAGCGUUGCUGGAGGGGGUCGCUAUGAUGGGUUGGUUGGCAUGUUUGACCCCAAUGGUAAGAAAGUACCAUGCGUUGGUGUCAGCAUCGGCAUUGAGAGAAUCUUCUCGUACAUGGAGCAAAAAGCUGAGGCUUUAGCUUUGAAGAUACGCACAACCGAGGUGCAGGUGAUGGUAGCAUCUGCGCAGAAGAACUUGAUGGAGGAGAGACUCAAACUUGUCACUGAACUUUGGAACGCUGGCAUCAAGGCUGAGGUGAUGUACAAGAGGAACCCAAAAUUGCUCAGUCAGCUACAGCACUGUGAGGAUUCUGGGAUCCCCCUUGUGGCGAUUCUUGGUGAACAGGAGCUAAAAGAUGGCGUUGUCAAACUCCGUGUUGUGGCCACCAGAGAUGAGGUUGAUGUUUCAAGAGCUGUUCUCGUCGAUGAGAUCAAGAGGAGGACGUCUGAGGCCUAGUUUUGUCACAAAUGCAUAUACUUGUUAGUUCAAGCAGUCUUGUGAAAAUAUACUUUCAUUAUAAUUUCUUCAGACUGCUUGUUUUGUGAAGAUACAUAAAGUUUACUGUUACCAAAUUAUGUUGCAGUUUCCAUUUCACUCAAAUGCAUUGAAUUGCUUUCACUUUUGACAUGAACCUGUGAAGAACAGCGCUUGUCAAAAAAUAAACUAAAAAAUUGGUACAUUUGUGUAUUUAAAUUUAGGUCUAACAAUGGGAGCACUUGUGUACUUGGCCUUCAAUUCUUGACAAAAAAGAUAUACUGUUAAUAAAACAUUUAAUUUUGCCUGAACCUUAA